AUUGUGAUUGUUUGUGAAUCUCUGUGGGAUAAACUUUUGGCCUACGAGGCUCUCGUAUUCGAAUUUUCAUUUUCAGUUUUCUGCCCCGGUUUUGUCUUGUUUUGUGAUAUAUUUAAGGGUUUUAAAUUUUAAUUUAUAAAGGUUAAGAAACAUUAUUAACUUGGUACAUAAUAUUUUUCUAAAAUGUGGUACCUAACCUCGGAAAGCGAUCAAAGAGUCAUUUAUGUUUUGCCGGACAAAAACAUCAUUAUCGGAAGGAGUGUGGAUGCCCAAAAUUGUAAUUUUGCUAUACCUAGUGACCAAUCCAUUAGUCGAAAACAUGCUAUCUUAUUAAUAUCGGAACGAGCGUUGUAUUUAAAGGAUUUGGGCUCUAAGUAUGGAACCUAUGUAAAUAACUCUGAAAAAAUUGAAGAAAACGUUUUAACAAAACUCAAUUCUACUGAUGUCGUCAAGUUUGGUAAAAUGGGUUCUAUUUGGAAAGUCCAAGAGAUCAACUUUGUUACCUGCACAUCCACAUUGAAAGGAGAAAAUUUACAAAAUCUCAAAAUACUCAUCACUUCUUUAGGAGGAACUCUGAAAAAUGAAUGGGAUGACACUUGUGCAUAUUUGACUAUGCCUGCUAUUACAUUGACAAUCAAAGUGGUGUUGGCAUUAGUGCAAAACUCCCACAUUGUCACAGUUAAAUAUUGGAACAAGUGCUUAGAAGCAGUCUCCAAUAACAAUGCUUUGCCAAAACCGAGUGAUUUUGUUCCACAGAUAUUAGAAUCUACACUCAAUAAAGAAACUGUGUCUUUUCUUCCAAAUAAGGAGAGAAGUUCUUUAUUUGAAGGGAAAUCAGUGGUAUUCUUUUCUAGCAGGCAGUUGGAAAUGUAUAAGCCAGUGUUAAUGAAGAGUUCUGCAACACCUCUUCUGUGGAGUGAAGCAAAUAUGACAAAAUCAGCUCUCUGUGAGGGCGAUGUAAUUGUUAUUCAAUAUAAUUUGAAUUUCGCAAGCCAAGACACUCAGAAUCAAAAGGAUGAAAUUCAAGAAAUCAUUAAUCAUCUAAAAAGCAAAGGCAAAAGAGUUGUGCCCGAUUCCGAGAUUGGCCUGGCUAUAUUGUACUGUUCUAAGCAAAAAUACUGUAACCCCGAGUUUAAUUUCCCCUCUGAAGUCGUAAAACAGGUGCCAAACCAAAAUGCUACAAAAAAUGUACUGGCUCAAGAGUCCCAGGAAUCCUCUCGGGCAAUAAAUAAGAAAGAAAAUGUGAUUAUUGAUGAAAGCUUAUCAAUUAAAAAUUGCUCAAACUAUGACAUAGUUGGUGCAUCUAAAAGAAAGCUCAGUGAUGAUGAUAGUAAUUCAUCGAACAUCAACAAAAAGUUUGCAGUUGAAACUACAGAAAAUAAAACAAAGAAGAGACCUUUCGAAGAUGUGAAUAGUUUAGAAAAUAAACCAUCUAAAAAAAUUGCUAUCGACAAUGAUGAUGACGAAAUGUUUAAUUUUUUGAAACCUGUUGAUAAAGGGUCCAAUGAGAAUGACCAAAGCAAGAAAUUGAAUUUAUCCAAGCCAUUGAAGAGAAAACAUAGUACUGAUAUGGAUGACGAUGAGUUGUUUAACUUUGUUGAUAAUGGAAACAAAAAGCCUGCCAUAGAAGCUAGCAAUGAUAUUGCAGAAGCUUCUGAUGAAGAUGAAGAUGUUGUCUGUCUCACAAACAAGACAAUAAAUGAUGAGAAGAUUGAUAUAAACAGUUUAAGGGGCUCUAAAUUAGCAGAACUAAUGAAGAUCAAUGCAGACAUGCCAUUUACAACAAAAAUAAAGAAAGAAGAUGUGUCUGACUUGGAUACCAAGUUCAGUAAUAUAGAUUUAGGAACUAUAACAGUUUUAGUAAAACCUGAUUUGAUUGUAAAAAGGGAGCCACUAGAGGUGCAACCUCCACAGAGUGGAAUAAACAAUUUCAAGAAGUUUAAAAAAGUUUGGCCAAUCAAAAUGCAAGUAACUAUUGUUCCACAAUCAUCUUUUAAUAAAGAGAAUUCUGUAUCCAAUGUGGCAGGGGAAACCACAGUGACAUCCUAGAAGGAAAUCAGCUGAUAUAAAAUAGUUAUUACAUACUUUAUAAUAAUAAUAAUUAACAAAAAACUUGUAAUGUGCUUUAGAUUUGACUGUAUUUGUUACA